AAAUUUUUGUAGGUAAUCCACGAGUAUAAUCCCAAAGUGUUAGGCUUUAUGAACAAUAAUAAAGUAGCCCGUAAUUAAUAAUCAAUGAAAACAGGGGCCAUCUCUUUGCUCACUCUGCUCUGUACUCUGUCCGCUUUCACUGUCACUGCUCACAGGCAGUCAGACUCAGUUGUAUUGCCAUUUUGCUAGUACACUCUACACCCGAAUUCAAGAAUCACAGAUCUAACAUUUGCUCUUCCUACUUUUUCUGCUUCUCCCUUGGAUUCUCCUCAUUUACUCCUCCCACCAUACUCUCAAGCUUUCUCUCUCCUCCCUUUAAUGGCGUCUUCUAAGGAAGUUUCCAACAUGAUUAAACAAGGCUUUAUUUCAGACCCAUCAAUUUCUCUUUCCCCCAUUAACAAUAAAUCCAGAAAUUCCCCUUCUUCUUCCCCUUCUAAACACACCUCUCUCUCUCCUCCCCCUGCAUUUUCCCGACCUACCCUUUUCGAUAUGAUGUCGGAAGAACAAAUUCGGGAGUCUAAACAAUCAACCGAUAAUAAUCGCCGAAGGUUGCAUGAUAAAUUGGCUAGGGUUUUGUCGAGGAACCCUAAUUUUGCUGAUAGUAACAAUUGUAGCAGUAAUAAUUUGGGGGGUUUUGGAGAUGGAGAUGUGAAGCUUACUGUAAGUGGAAGAGAUGGGUUCAAGAUUUCAAUGGAUGUUCAUAGAAGGGUUUUGGCGGACAAAAGUAGGUUUUUUGCUGAGAAAUUGAGUGAUGGUGGGAUUACUCAUUCUGUUGAGAUUUGUGAUUGUGAUGAUGUUGAGAUUUAUGUUGAAACUCUUGUUUUGAUGUAUUCUCAUGAUUUGAAGAAGAAAUUGAUGGGUGAAGAUGUUCCCAGAAUUUUGGCCUUGCUUAAGGUAUCUGCAGCCAUUUUAUUUGAAGAUGGGAUAUUGUCGUGCUUAGACUAUUUGGAAGCUGUUCCAUGGUCUGAAGACGAAGAGGAGAAAAUUAUUGCAUGUCUUAGUCAGCUUCAGCUUCAAGACUCAGUAAGUGGAGAUGUACUGCAGAGAGUAUCAACUGAACCAUCUACUUCUGCAAGAGCCGAUGAUAUGUUCAUGAAAAUGCUUAAUGGUGUCCUUCAAGCAAAAGAUGAUAAAGCUCGUAGAGAAAUGAAGUCUCUUAUUUCACGGUUGCUUAGAGAAGAUGUUGCAGACUACAACAAUUAUGGUCCUAAAAUUGAUGUUUCCAGAGACACUCUUUACAGUCUCUGCCAUAGGUGUCUCAGUGCUCUUAUCCUUUGCUUGUCUGAAGCUACAUGCAUGGAUGAAAGUAGACAGGACCGAGGUGUUAUAAUGUCUGAGAUAGCCCGUGAAGCCGACAAUAUGCAGUGGAUUGUGGAAAUCUUAAUCGACAAAAAGAUGGGGGAUGAGUUUGUAAAAUUGUGGGCUGAUCAAAAGGAACUGGCUACCCUCCAUUCAAAAAUCCCGACAAUGUACAGGCAUGAGAUUAGUAGGGUUACAGCACAGCUAUGCAUAGCUAUUGGAAGGGGUCAUAUUUUGGUGCCAAAGGAGACGCGUUAUUCACUUCUUUCCACGUGGCUGGAACCUUUAUAUGAGGACUUUGGAUGGAUGAAGAGGGCUAGUAGGUUUGUUGAUAAGAAAGUUGUGGAAGAUGGUCUUAGCCAAACAAUUCUUACUUUGCCUAUAUCACAGCAGCAGAGCAUUUUGAUGAAUUGGUUUGAUAGAUUUCUUACUAAAGGAGACGAUUGUCCUAAUAUUCAAAAGGCAUUUGAGAUUUGGUGGAGAAGGGCUUUUAUUAGGCAGUAUGUGCCAGAACAAGAUCAACACAUGCAGAUUACUGUCUGUGAUUAUGCUGAUUGAUUGUGCCCAAUUAGAGCAGGAUUGUAUGUAUUAGCUAAUUUUGCUUGCUCUUUGAUGGCCUUUUUUUUCUUUUUCUUUUCCCACUUGAAUUGUGUGAUGAUAUAUUUGCAAUGUGUAUCAUUUGUUGCGCUAAAGACAUACGAAGUAUAAGACAGAAAUGUCAUACCAAAUAAGCUUAUUAAGAGUUAUUGAAGCUCACUAAGGUUGUAUAUAUCUUCCUUAUACGACUCUUUUCUACUUUGAUGCCUGAGUAAAUAA